AUGGCAGAUGAGACGCCCCAUAAUCCAACCAUCAUUUGUUCGUCCUCAGCUCAAACCUUACCACCACCGCCGCCACCAUUUCGAGCCACUGUCAUUGUUCCUUACCUCUCCUCCUCAUCACAGCACGCGAGCUUCAUAAUUCACCUGACCUCAGGUCGAAAGUUGACCUUCUUCUCGGCCUCCUCUCUAGAGGCACAGCAUCUCUUCACGCUAAGCAGUCACUUGCACAAGCACCAGACGGUGGCUCACCUCGCCUCCCAACAGUCCGCUCGACAAUUGGAGCAGCAAGAUCGACUACAAUACAACGAGGCGUACAUCUACAGUGCAGGCGAGGUGGUGACCAUGCGACGGGUUCAUGCCGCACCAGACACGCAGGCAAGAGAGAGAAUGCUAAUGGGAACAUCGGAGUCGCCCCUCUUCCCCCAACUCUCCAGUCUCAAUCACAAAGACGGUCAGGAUGAGCGAACACAAUCGCGAAGGGUGGGGGUUGCAGCUGUUUCCAUCACCAUUCCCCUCCUUCCGUUUUUCCUUCUUAACCCUCAUUUAGACGUUUCUUGCUGCUCAUGCUGUCACGAUAUGGCUGCUGAGGGUGACGAUAUUGUAACACCAUGGGAUGUAAAAGCGGCCUCUGAUUCCGGUGUCGACUAUGCCAGACUGAUCGAACGUUUUGGCUGCUCUAAAAUUGAGUCCACUCUUCUUGAACGUUUUGAAAAGGCGACAGGGAAACCACCGCACCAUUUGAUUCGUCGAGGCAUCUUUUUUGCGCAUCGAGACCUUGAGCAAAUCCUGGCGAUGUACGAGAGCGGCAAACCCUUCUAUCUCUACACUGGUCGUGGUCCCUCCUCUUCCUCUCUCCACGUGGGCCACCUCAUUCCCUUCAUUCUCACCAAGUGGAUCCAAGAUGUCUUCAAUGUGCCCUUGGUUAUCCAACUUACUGAUGAUGAAAAGUUCUUGUGGAAAAAUAUCCCCAUGAAUGAGAUUAUCGAAUUGGCGAGGGAGAACGCCAAGGAUAUUAUUGCUGUGGGGUUCGAUCCCAAAAAAACGUUCAUAUUUAACAAUCUUACUUACGUGGGGCAGUGCCCGGAGUUCUACCGCACCAUAGUGAGCAUUCAGCGCAUGGUUACGUUCAACCAAGCGCGGGGGAUAUUCGGUUUCACCGACAACGACUGCAUUGGUAAAAUCGCUUUUCCUGCGGUCCAGGCGGCACCUUGUUUCUCCUCUUCAUUUCCGCAAAUUUUCGGCCGAGACAGUGUUGGCGAGAUUAAUGGCUGCGAGUGUGACAGGACGGAGAAGGCAACGGUGGCGCAGACGUCGGUGGGAUGUCUAAUCCCUUGUGCCAUCGAUCAGGAUCCCUACUUCCGCAUGACACGAGAUGUCGCUCCACGUCUGGGUAUGCCAAAGCCAGCUCUACUGCUAUCUACGUUCUUCCCUGCGCUGCAGGGCAGUGUCACGAAGAUGAGCGCCUCAGACCCCAACUCGGCGAUAUUUCUUACGGAUACACCGAAACAGAUUAGGGCAAAGAUCAACAAGUACGCCUUUUCGGGUGGCGGUGCGACAAUCGAGGAGCAUAGGGCCAAGGGUGGUAACUGUGACGUGGAUGUCUCCUUCCAGUACCUUCGGUUCUUCCUCGAUGAUGACGAGAAGUUGGAACGAAUUCGCAAGGACUACACUUCGGGUGAGCUCUUGACGGGUAACCUGAAGAAAGAGCUCAUUGCCAUUCUGACCGACCUCGUGACACAGCACCAACGACGAAGAGCGCAGAUCACAGAGGCGGUAUUGGACGAGUUCAUGACACCUCGACCUCUGGAUCUGUGA